GUGCCUGACUCUGGCGUUGUGGCUGCUCUCGGGUACGCUGCGAAAUCGGGUGUGCCGUUUCAGCAGGGACUGAUUAGGUCUCAUUAUGUAGGGAGGACGUUCAUUGAGCCGUCUCAGAAGAUCAGAGACUUUGGUGUGAAGCUUAAGCUGUCUCCUGUUCGUGGGGUUUUAGAAGGGAAGAGAGUUGUUGUGGUGGAUGAUUCUAUUGUGAGGGGCACCACUUCGUCUAAGAUUGUGCGUUUACUGAGAGAAGCGGGUGCGAAAGAGGUUCAUAUGAGGAUUGCUAGUCCUCCUAUUGUGGCUUCUUGUUACUAUGGAGUGGACACACCUAGCUCAGAGGAGUUGAUAUCCAACAGAUUGAGUGUUGAGGAGAUUAGCGAGUUCAUCGGGAGUGACUCUCUUGCGUUUCUGUCGUUCGAUACCUUGAAGAAACACUUAGGGAAAGACUCAAAGAGCUUCUGCUAUGCGUGCUUCACAGGUGACUAUCCCGUGA